AGUACACUGCAGAUUGAUUCUCACCCGCACCACGGCGCCACUUGACGGCCAGGAUCAGGAUCCAGGAUCAAUUCGAUAUGGCUGCUUUGCAAUCUUGAGACAAGUCGAGGACUGCCAUUGCUUUUGGGAGCAAGGCACACUUUUAAGCCCUCUAUCACAUCUGCACUUGUUGCAAACCGUUCCCUGCGGACUUCAGAACCACAGAAGGGCAAGGAAUGUGUCAAUUAUAUGGGUGAGCCCCUAACUGUAUACACUGGUCACUGGAAGGCUGAGAAAUAUCUUGCACUUGGAUUGCUGGGGCUGGUGCCAACAGCACUCUUUGUACAGCAUGCUGCAAUUGAUUACGCACUGGCUGCUGCCAUGAUCCUCCAUGGCCAUUGGGGCAUGAAGGCCAUCAUAGAUGACUAUGCCCACCAGGGCAAGAAGGGCAGAGCUGCAACACCUUUUUGGACAAACCUGUCGAUCGGUGUGUCGGCCUUCACGUUUGCCACGCUCUGCUAUUUCAAUUACAAUGAUGUUGGAAUCUGUGGAGCUGUUCGUUUGUUGUGGACUAUCACAUAAAUCUCCAAUAUUGUAGAAAUGGGCUUCUUUCCUUUGUAUAAGUGUAGAUGCUCACAUGUUAACGGUACAUAUCUAAUUUGCUAGGAACAAUACUGAUUCUAAUAUUGUGAUGCAAAAUAGACGACUAUGUAACUGUUUCUUGUUCAUUUCGGUCUGAAGAAUGGCAACAUGCAGCUGUUUGUAUAAAUCUAUACAUGCUAAAUACUGGUCAAAAGGUCAUGGUAGUUCGCUUGUGGUUUGAAACAACAAUCUAGGAGUGAUGUUGUUUGCACUUUACAUGUAAAUGACAUGAACUGCAUUAGGUGUCUAAGCAAUGUUGUGUUAACAUUUUAUUUCUCACUAAUAUGAUGCCAGUACACAUAAAAUGUGUAUCACGAAAGUAUAGGUUACCAAUUCUGUUUCCCUGUAUUGACCACAUAAAACAAAUUACAUGAUAGAAAUUAUGUGCAUGAUCUAUUUAUUUUAGAGUUCUCGUCUGUUGCAUAAAUCUGGCUGCUAGUUAGUUAGUGCUUGCACUACACUUCAAGAACUAUAAUAUAAUGUAAUGUGUUUCAAACAUCGUUAAAAACAGUACUAGCAACUGAGGUUCAUUCAUUCAUUAAACUGAUUUACAUUACCAGAAAA